AUGAAUUUUUCGCGGAGAGGGAAUACUUUAAAAAACACAGCAGUUGAUUCCGUGACUAACUUUUCAUCUAAGAGGAGAGCUCAGUCUAUAAGCAAUGCUCACACCACAAAAUUAUUCCUCGCACCUGCUGAUCCAAACCAAAAAUCAGAUAAUUCAAAAAAACAAUUUUUUUCCUAUAACCUGUCUACAAAACCAUUCACAAAAGAUGAACUACUUACUUACGCUGGUACGCUUACUGAUAUGCAACUUAUUCUAUUUGCCCAAUUUAUCAAAAUGGAAAAUCCUUCGAGAGAAAAAAUUCUAAAUGCAGUGACAGCGAUAAGCGAAAACGAUACAGUUGCUCUUAAUUUCUGGACACAAUGCUUCUAUAGCGCAACGAGACCUUCACAACAAGCUCUAAUUCCACAAAGUACAGGACCUGUCACUAGCUAUCCUUUGAAUAACAUACAAUACGGACACUGCCCAGAAGAAACAAUGAUUAUGGCAACACCAUUUAUCUUAGGAACUUCAUUUUUUGAUAAAGUCUUUACUAUUGAUAAUAUUCCAAAGAGGCAUCGCGUAAUUUUGCAAUGCUUCCGCGCUGGAGUUGCCCCUGCUACUGUAUUAUGGCCGCAAACUUUAGGAAUUUAUAUCAAUGGAUAUAUUGCAAAAUCUCCAACCGCAAACUCAAAUUCCAACAUCAUGUAUACUAAUAUUGACAUAAGCGAGUUCUUACCAAGCUUUACUCUUCGAGUUACGUGUAGUACAGAAAACAUUCCUUCUGUAUUCCUUGUAAGAGUUGUAAAGUACUUCACCUUCAAAGAGAUUGUACAAAUAAUACGAAACAGACCAUAUCCGAACGAUUUUCUCGAUGAAAGAAAUCGAGAUGUUUUUACACCGAAACCUGCAGGAGCCGUGAAGUAUCCUGGACGCACUACGUUCUGCGAACACCCACAGUGCUUCGAUUUGAAGCAUUUUAUUAAGUUUGCAACGUUGACUGGAAUAUGGAGGUGUCCGAUCUGCGGGAAACAGACGAAUCCUGAAAGUUUGAGAUAUUCAAACCUCACUGAACAGUAUCUCAACAAAAUUAAGUCUGCUUCUCAGCCUGUUUCACCUCAACUGAAUUAUAAUCCUGCUUUCUCGUCGCCUGAUGCAUUCCAGAGUCAGACUCCGAAUGCUACUAUGGAUCAGUCACAGAUUGACGUGUUUAGUCUAGAUCCAAACCAGAAUAACGAUGAUUUCGAAUUUUUCUCUUAA